AUGGGAGAAAAUGCAGCAGCUUUGCAUACAGCUGUGAACUCCGUACAGGCAUUAGGAAGAGGCUUCGACGUGAACUUCGAUACAAGGUUGCUCUACUGUAAGGGAGUGGCCGGGUCUAGGAUACUAGAGCUUGAUGAGGAGCACACCAAGGAUCUCUGCCUUUAUGAUGAUAUAAUUGUGCCGAAUGUUUCUAAGGACAUCAAGCACUCUCAGGAAUCCAUGGGGCGUCAGAGUUCUGGAGUCUGCAGCUUCCAUGAGAUGGUUGAGUAUUUUAAUCAAAAAUCUAAUGCAUCUGGAGGCUUUCCUCUUGGGAGUUUCAACUUUGCAUUUAGCUUCACUGGUUCAAAGCACAUUGAUGCUGCAGCCACGAAGACCCUUUCUGUGGAUGGAUUUUAUAUUCCACUUGCUAAGGUCCAGCUUUUCAAAACCCCACUAGUGUUGCAAGAAAAUGUGAAACAGGCUGUCCCGACCAAUUGGGAUCCAACAUCUUUGGCAAGCUUUAUUGAAAAUUUUGGGACCCAUGUCAUCACAUCUGUAACAAUUGGUGGAAAAGAUGUAAUUUAUGUCAAACAACACCAGUCAUCUCCUUUGUCUACAAUGGAGAUCAAAAACUAUGUCCAGGAUAUUGGAACUCACAGGUUCUCAGACACAGAAAGCAAUAGAAGUUCAGGUCAAAUGAAAUUCAAUGAUAAGGGUGUUGAUCCUGGUUUAUAUAACAGUCCAGGGGUAUACCCUCAGCCCACUACUGCACCAUAUCUUGCUGGGAAAGAAGAUGUCACAGUCAUUUUCAGAAGAAGGGGAGGGGACGAUCUGGAGCAAAACCACACCCGAUGGGCAAGAACUGUCCGGUCCUCUCCAGAUGUAAUUGAGAUGACAUUUUUCCCUAUAACAGCUCUCCUAGAAGGGGUAACUGGAAAGGAACACCUUACUCGAGCGAUUGGUCUUUAUCUUGAAUAUAAGCCUCCAAUAGAAGAGCUGAGAUAUUUCCUAGAGUUUCAAAUUUCUCGAAUAUGGGCUCCUGUAUAUGACAGGAAUCUGGCCCCCCAAAGAAAAGAACCUGUUUGUCCAUCCUUGCAAUUCAGCAUAAUGGGGCAAAAACUUUAUGUCAGCCAAGAACAGGUAACCGUUGGACGGAAGCCAGUGACAGGCGUACAGUUAUGUCUAGAAGGAAGCAAGCAGAAUCGACUUUGUAUCCAUCUUCAACACUUGGCAUCUCUUCCAAAGAUCCUUCUACCAUAUUGGGACACCCAUGUCGCAAUUGGUGCUCCUAAGUGGCAAGGACCCGAGGAGCAAGAUAGCCGAUGGUUCGAGCCAGUGAAAUGGAAAAACUUCUCUCAUGUGAGCACUGCGCCUAUUGAGAACCCCGAGACCUUCAUAGGUGACCUCUCUGGUGUCUACAUAGUCACUGGAGCACAGCUUGGAGUGUGGGAUUUUGGAUCAAGAAAUGUCUUGUACAUGAAGCUUUUAUAUUCUAGGCUACCAGGCUGCACUAUACGAAGAUCCUUGUGGGAUCAUACCCCAAAAGAAAAGUCAAAGAAACCGAUGUCCACCAGUGACUCAAGUUCAGGUUCAAGAGAAAAUGUUGCAGGAAACAAGUUGGUGAAGUUUGUGGACAUGUCUGAGAUGAGCAAGGGGCCGCAAGAUGAUCCAGGUCAUUGGUUGGUUACGGGUGGAAAGCUUGGUGUGGUGAAAGGAAAAAUUGUUUUGAGAGUGAAAUACUCGUUGCUAAAUUAUUGA